AUGGCUGACAACUAUGUAGAUAUAUUCCAGCGUUUGCAGAGAUUCGCUAUGUAUGGUCAACAGCGGAUUCCAAGAGUGUUAAAAGACAGGGCCAAACCGUUGGAAAGUUUAUCAGGAGUGGAAGUUCGGGAGAGAUACCGUUUUUAUCCUGAAACAAUCGUAAUGAUAGUGGGUGUUGUUUUUAAUGAACUUGAUGCUGCAACAAGACGAAGCUUGCGACUACCACCUCUGCUCUCUGUGCUUGUAACACUUCAAUUUUUCGCCACGGGAGCUCACCAUUUGUUAAUUGCCGAGAUUCAUGGAAUUUCCCGUCCAUCUGUGGGGCGUGCCAUAGACAGGAUUACCAACGCACUGUGCAGGCACAUCAACAAGUUUAUAAGCAUGCCUGUUAAUGAUGCAGAGAGAAGAAUAGAGAAGAAGGAAUUUUACAGCAUCGCUGGAUUCCCGAACGUGCUGGGGUGCAUAGACCUCACACAUGUCCGCAUCAGAGCCCCAACACAUAACGAAGCAGAUUUCGUAAAUCGAAAAGGGUUCCAUUCAGUGAACAUUCAGAUGGUAUGCGAUGCUCGCUUAAUCAUCAUGGAUGUUGUAGCCAAGUGGCCCGGGAGCGUACAAGACAGUCGUUUAUUUAGGGAAAGCAGAUUAUUUGGAGUGUUGGAGAAUGGAAUGGAUGGAGUGUUGCUAGGAGAUAGUGGCUAUGCAUGUAAGAAAUACUUGAUGACGCCAUACCUAAACCCCCAGACUUCAGGCACAGGAGAGGUAUUGCCGGUCAUAUUUAACAGAUCACUGUGUAAAACUAGAGUCAUCAUCGAACAAACGUUUGGUGUUUUAAAAGGAAGGUUUGCUGUUAUGUCGUACGGGAUAAGGACAUCCGAGAUGAAGACUUGCAGGACGACAAUGGCGUGUGCCAUCCUGCACAACAUCGGGAUUAAGCCGGGAGACUCAUUUGGACGCUUUGUGGUCGAGUCCGACAAUCACCCAGAUGCACCGAACCAACCGGUUGAUGUUGCAGGAAAUGCCUUUAGGGACUUUGUCAGCACGACAUAUUUUUCGUAA